AUCUUCUUGCCCCGGACCCCAAACUUUGUAUGUACCCCCCUGUGUUAGACUACCUCCCUUCAUGAAUCUCAGAUUGAAACAGAGCAGCUCUUCGCUCGCUGGUGUGGUCACCGUCCUCCUGAAACGCUCUGAAACUUUUCCGAUCCUGCUUUGCCCGGGAUAUCAGAGACAGAAGAGAGAUCGACCCGGGAAGAGGAAGAACAGUGCAGUUGCCAUGGGGACUGAAAAUCACUAAUUCAGAGUCAGACAUUUGGCCAGUUUGUUUCGAAGAAGAAAUUUAGCCAAUCUUGUUUAACUUUUUCAUUUACAGAGUUAAAUUAAUUUAUUUUUAUUAGCUUUAAAGAAAUACAUUGGAGCUGGAGCCAUUUGUUUUCUAAUCACGCGUGGAAUUUAUCGAGGGGGGAACACAUAUCGACGUAGCACCGGCAGUUAAAAGUUAGCAGAGAGAUAAAACUAUAGAGGAUGUAAGUAAGAGGAUGUUCUCCGAAUAACUACAAAUACGUCUGAUAAGGUGUCAGAACAAAACACACAAACAUGGUGGAGAAGAAAAAUGUCGGAAGGCUUCUCAACCUCACAUUCAACAAGUCCAUAAAGGUUAAGCCCCAGACCACAACAAGCCACGACCUGACUCUGCUGUUAGAUCAAGGGGACAGAGACUUAUGGUUCAGCCAUCUGAGUAAGGAGGGCUUCCCCGACAGAGUCUACCUGCUGGCAGCUGCUAUCUUCCAGAACCAACACCUGGAGAAGCCUGCAGCUCACCGGUUCAUAAAUUAUGGCAAAGACCGGGGGCUCCCAUUGCCUGAGUUCAGAGAUGAAGACAUGCAAAGAGCAGCUUAUGAGUUGGCUUUCAGUACUCUUAAAUAUCAAGAGCUGCUGGAGGAGGUCCUGAUUGACAGUCGUUUUUGUCGCAAACAACCAGUGCCAGCUGACCAGAUGGGCCUUGUCGCUGUCAUGCUCUUUGACUUCCAGGACAGGAAGUUCCCCAAACGGAAACGCCAGAGGAAAGGGGAGAUCAUAGAGGCUGUUAUAGAAGUGGAGAAUGUUCUCCUCAGGUUUAAAACCAAACUGGCGGCUGCUUUGGCCCGCUGCAGGCUCAGACACAACCACUCGUGCAUUGAGUGCUUCCUGCCAGAGACUGUGAGGAAGAAACAGGAGAUGGCCCUAAAACUUCCUCUGUACGCAUGGGUCAACACACUGAAGAGCAGCCUUGAUGAGGUCCAGAGUGUGCUGAGGAAUGCAAGCUUCUCGCAGGUGAAAUCGAUAGAACAACUGAAGGGUCAUACGUUCUGCCAGGACCCCCACUGUGGGGAUACUCUGGUGUUCCCAGCUCAGCUGAAAGCUCAGUUGUACUUCAGCAAGCUGCUGCGUGACCGCAAACUCAUCGCCCAGGAUAAAUCAUGCUGUCUUGGCCCGAAUGCGGCGUGCUCCCUCUUACCGGAGAAAGGAGAUGUUCUUAUGGUGGGCUGCUUCUCGGGUCUCACUGUGUUCCACGUGGCGUCCCUCAUUUCACAGAAACAUAAAGCAGACAGCAAGAAUCAGCCCGUUGUUUAUGUUUGUGUCAACGACUGCACAGAGGCGCAGAGGGAGAAGCUUCGGCACACGGUCUCCAUCAUGGGCUGCAAGAAUGUGAAGCUGAUGCAGGAGGACUUCCAGUCUUUGGACAGAGGUGAUAAGCGACUUCAGAAGGUGCGCGUUAUCCUGCUGAUCCCCAGGUGUUCUGUGUCUGCAGUCAGUAACCCUGUGGAGUUCAUACUGCAGGAAAAUGGAGACACAGACCUCCUGCAGGACCUAUCCCGCGGUCCUAUUGCCCAGAGCAAACUGGAGUCUCUGGUUGCACAGCAGAAGAAAGAUAUCGAUCACGCCUUGAACCUUCCCAUUCGUUUGGCGGUGGUGUACUCCACCUGUUCAUCGUACCCAGAGGAGAAUGCGGAUGUGCUAAACACGGCCCUGCAGAAGGCCAGGGACUGCCCCCGACAGAAGGGGAAACCAAAACUCACAAACUUCAGGCCAAUCCCACCCCCGUUCAGCUCCCCUGACCACGGAGAAGCCGCAGAGGAAACCGAGCCCUUCUUCAUGCUGGAGCCCACAGAGUUUAGCAACGGCUGCUUUUUGGCUGUUGUCGACAGAAAGCCCGAUCCAGCGAUCCAGGAAGCACCGCGGGAUUUAAUCGCCAGAGCAAAUGCAAAAGGCCUCUUUGACGGGAUCGGCGUGAACCAGAAAAAGCACCACGAGGACGCCGGUGGGGCGAAGACAACAGCUCAGGCUCUCUGCUCUCAGGCCCAUGUCUCUGCCUGCACGCAGAGCAGAAAGCAGCAAGCCAAAGGCAGCAUCAGGCAUCAGGAGCUCCAGCAGCCAUCACAAGGAAAACUCCAAGUGCCAUGCUCCAUCUUCCACUCCAAACAAGAAUGCCCUCCAAACCCCUCCUCCUCCUUUAAGCCCCACAAAAGCAGACCAGCGAAGUUCCCCACUAAAACCUCCAGUACGCUGCGGUCUGCCGUUCCUCCCUCCAGCCCCGCAGCUCCAGUCGUUCGUCCCCGUAGAACCCGGGCGGAUGCGCAGAAGCCCGUGGUGCUCGUCCUGCCGGUGCUGAACUUCCCCGGCUCAUUCCAACCUCAGCACAGUUGCAGAGGGUCCUUUCCUGGAAGGUGGAAGGCACCACAGCACCAUUUGUAACCCGGCGUCCCCGCACGCGUCAUGUGAAUGAAUCCCACCCUCCUCUUGGACCUGUAAAAUUCUAAUGGAACAUUUCUAAUUUUGCGUGAAAAAGGAUCCGUCAUUAAAGUUUUACCGAGCUGCAGAAUCUCCCGACUGUCUUCUCAAACGCAUCUAGAGGCACGAAUGUGUCAGAGAGAUCAAACGUGCAGACAAAAGGCUGCAGACCCUUUUUGGCAAUGCAUUUAUUGUCACAACAGAUUACAUUUACAUGGUGAAGAGAUGGGUGACAAACAGAAAUGAGAAGUUUCGCAUCGCUUUGUUAAAAGUUCACUUUGAAUUAACCGCAUCCACAGAGUUGACGCCGAGUGCAGGUGGAGGCUCCAGCUGUAGGAGCUUUGUCAAAACUUUUAACAGCAUUCUUGUUUUUUUCUUCAUCUGACUGCUAUUCGUGUUUCUUUGUGGGUUUGGACGUGGAUUAUUAUUGUGAGUGAGAGUACACAGGUUGGGCUUUCUGAGGAUGAGAAAACACAGAAUCCUCACACUCGUUCUUUUCCUGGCCACUUAUGGUGCUGUUGAGCAUUUUGGCCACAGGCGCUUCACUUCUACCCGCCUGGGUUUGGAAUUCCUUGCAUCUCUUGCAAUCCUGGGUAUCUGCAUAAAAACUCCUGAGGAAUUUAUCAAGUUUAGACAGAAGCAUCUCGACAUUCUUCAGCUUUAAAAGUCUUUUUUUUUUACCCCUACCUUAAAAAAUAAAUUACAAUCUUAAGCAUCAAAAUGCAUUAAAAACUAUUGUUUACUUCUCGACUAAAAUAAGAAUGAACCAGUAACCAUCAUUAAUAUUUUCCACACUCGGCCGUUCUUUUCCACUUGGUCAUGAGUCGGGAACACGGUUGGGCAUUGUUCGUGUGCCCGUGUAAAUCUAGUCAUGGAUGAGUGAAAAUGAGUCCUUCUGAGAGCUCGCAUCUUCUCGUCUGCUCACCAAGAACUAAUCGGCGUUAAUCACAACCCCUCCUAUCAGGAAAACAUGCAAAAGCAAACCCCACUAAUCAGAUCUCGCCACCAGUCUGUAUCUACAAAACUUGUGCUCUGUUUUUUCUCUUCAUACAAUCAUUUACAUACAAUUCAUUAUUACAAUGACUUCACUCGUCUUAAAAGAAGCUUUUGUCUCGUGUCACAAUGAAGGCUUCAAAACAUCUGAAGUCUUUAGUGGAGCAGCUGCAGGCUGUUGUUGGUACUCGCGUUCGGUUUUGCACGAGUCAAGUCAUUCACUUGUGAAAUUUCUCAUAACAGUGAAAACCUCCUUUCUUUCUUUGUCCUGGAAGUCUGCUGCAGCUCAUCCAGUCUGGGAGGAAAAAUGGAGAUGAACCUGGUAACUUGCUCGAUAACCAGUUUGAGAGGCGUGUUCCUUCUGGAUCUUCUAAGUAGUAUUCCAUCUAGUGUAAAGAUCCGCUUGGACAAACCGGCAUUCAAGGGUCAAAGGUCGACCACUGAUUCCCGCUUUCCCUUAAUUCUUUAAGCAUCAUCAGGCAUUUCUUGAUCAGUGGUGAUGUUUGGUAUAUUCUAUAUACAUGGCUGGUACCAUGGCUGGUACUGGUUAAGUGUCGUAGUGGUGACGGUGUAGAGUGCGGUGCAGUCAGUCAGUGGUCAUUGCUGGGGAAGUUCAGAUGGCUGUUUCUUGGGUUUCAAAGUGUCUAUGAGAGACUGGACGCUGCGUUUUACGCUGGUGGUGACCCGGCGGGUUACUGAGUCCGCAGAGGGAGACGAGGACGAGCCGGCACGCUGAGAGGGCGGCCGUGCCACCAAACACUUCUGGUACCGGAGC